AUGUUUCAUCUGUCAAACACCAGCAAUCCUCUCAGCUCCGAGGAGGAGAUCACUGGCGAUGUUGACGAGCCACCAGACGAACCCCUUUCGCCGCUUCAAAUGAAUCCUACGAUGGUCCAGCAACCCCAGCAACCAUCAACCUACACUAGAUCUGCCCUUCCCGCGAUGGAUCGUAAAGAAUCGUUGCUUACUCGCGCACUUAUGACCGGGUCGAAUGGCGACAUCUCAUCCUCUCCCACCUCCCCAAUUUCCGGAGCUGCAUCUAGGGCGUCCACGUUCAGUAAUGCAAGCGUGCCCUCUACAGCAGAACUCACGAGCGAUGCCGAUGACACAAGUCCCACUAGAUCUGCUACACCCAGUCCACCUUUGCCUGUGGCUCUGUAUCACGAAAUACAUGCAACAAACAAGACACCCCUUCCUCCUACCAGAAUCUCUUUCGCAACUGGCAAGCAGCAGGAGAAGCUCGUAGCAGAUGCGUCUGCGGAGUCUCAAAUAGAGGCCAAAAUGGGUCGAAAACGCUGCAUUACGUUUGCCUGUGCUAGCAAGCCGGCCGUGAAGGAACCUCACGCGGCCAAGGAAGAGAGAAUGGAAAUUGCGCAGCCACCAAAGCGAAAAUGCUUACUUACCUUUGCCUGCCCCGCCCGACCGGCACAGAAACAGGAUCCUGGUCCGGAGGCAGCCGAGGCGCGAAGGGAUAGUGGUAGUUCUUCUGCCAAUGAUAUUACAGCGCCUUCCAACGAACCUCAUGGAGGUGAAAGACAAGAGCACGCCCAGCCGUGCAAGGUACCGCUUAUCACGGUCGACACACGAAAAAAUGCCCUCAAAUCUCCGACAUCCCCCAAGCAGUCUGAUGUCAAGUCGUCGGAUGCUUCUCCGUUUCACGAGUUCGCCACUAGCAACGAUCAUGACGAUGCCUGGGUUCGUGAACCAAUUGAUACGCAGCGUAAGCUAACGCUCUUGGAUUGCAUGAAGAAGGAGAAUGCCAUUCGCAAGAUCGGUGAAGAAGCGGAGGAAGAGGCCGAGCAGGAAGAGAAGGAGGAGGAUGAGUUUGAUGAUGACAACGAGGAUGGGAUCAACGAAGAUGACUUUGCCCCAUCCGACGACGGAAACGAGUCUGAUAACGAAAAGGGCUUCGCCGAGUCUGACGACGACAGUGAUGGCGAGUCAGAAGACCAGUUCUGGAUCCCUUCUAAUAAUACCACGGCAGCCACCAGUGUUGAUCACUCCUCUCCACACAGACCUUUUGGAAGGCGACGUCAGAGGGGGAGCUCCAUGGAUUCUCUGAGUGAUCACGGAUCACGUCAGGAGAAGAGAUCUGAAUCUGUUGACAUCAAGCACCCAAAGCAUCGUCGGACCUCAAAGGGCCAUCAGAUGCGUCCAGGCACACCAGAGUUACCCGACAGCACGGAUUUUGUUUGUGGCACCCUCGAUGAAGACCGCCCACUUGAAGCUGCUUACAUCUCAUGUCGUGAGCAGAGGAAGCGCGAGAAGCAUAUCCUCAUCCCGCAAGACAUUGAUCCUAGCUUUCCCACAACUGAUCCAGAGGACAUGGACGAGGACGAUGACGAAGACUUGGAUACACCUGAAGACCAUCUCUGGCUCAAGAAUCAACUGGAGGGAUCUGAAGACGACUCGACCAGAGGCCAUGCAUCAAAGCACCACAAGAUGUGUUCUAAGUUGCGUUCACCCCGCCGUGCUCAUUCGCCACCUCCCAAGCAUGGUGUCCACUGCUCCCCGCCGCCUCCUCGACAGACUGUUCGUCGGUCUUCUCCUGCUCCCAACAGCCGACUGUUCGGUCACUCACCACAGCGCCUGCACUCCCCUCCACCAGCGAUGAAGUGGAGAUCACCGCCUGGCACGAGAAGAUCGUCACCCACUGGUAUGGCGCUAAUGCCCCACCAAACCGAAGGGCUCGUCAUCAGUCGGCUAGGUCAGCGUCCUCACAUGACGCGUACUGCAUCAUUACCCCGUACACCCAAUCCUUUCUUCCAUAACUAUCACGCGAGAACUCAUCAGAACGAUAGAGUUGUGUAUGGUGGAAUGACACCCGGACGGGAGAUGCAUGUUCGCGGGCCGGUAGACAUAGUGAUUGGUCUCGAGAAGAAACGUCAGAAACGGAAAGAGAAGUUCUGGCGCCAACACUGUCGAAAAGCUGCCAAAGAACAGGCUGAACGCAAGACUCUGCGUGGGAGAGGAGCUGAACGAAUGCUCUACGAUGUACUUGCCUCCCUGGGUCUCCUCAACAAACAUGCCAAACUUCUGUUCCUCGGACUGGACAAUGCGGGAAAGACUACGUUGCUGCACAUGCUGAAGAAUGACCGAGUCGCCAUCCUGCAACCAACAUUACAUCCCACAUCUGAAGAGCUCGCGAUUGGAAACAACAGAUUUACAACCUUCGAUCUGGGUGGGCAUCAGCAAGGUCAGUGCACACCCUUCUUUAACAUCACAUAUGUAUACCAGCAAGGGUUCGGAGGUAUAGCUGGCGCCCGCCGCUUGUGGCGCGAUUACUUCCCCGAGGUAUCUGGCAUAGUCUUCCUCGUCGAUGCCAAAGAUCAUGAACGACUUCCCGAAUCAAAACUCGAGCUCGAUGCCCUCCUCGCCAUGGAAGAUCUAGCCAAAGUCCCCUUCCUUAUCCUCGGAAACAAGAUAGACCAUCCCGACGCAGUUUCAGAAGAUGAGCUGCGACAUCAGCUAGGACUAUACCAGACGACAGGCAAAGGAAAGGUGCCGCUUGAGGGUAUCAGGCCUAUCGAGGUAUUCAUGUGCAGUGUGGUCAUGAGGCAAGGGUAUGGAGAGGGUAUCAGAUGGAUGUCUCAAUAUGUCUAA